AUGAUGAAGCAGAAAAUACGUUCUCUCUCUCCUUCGUCUUGGUAUGACAGCAUUCUUGCUCGAGAUGAUCUAUUCUUUCUUUCUUUCUUUCUUUCUUUCUUUCUUUCUUUUCCCUUUCGUCCUUCGUUUAGGGGCUUGAUGCCGGUUGAAACUGCUUUCUUUCUCCUCGAUAUAUUGGUGUUCCGCGUACGUCGUCAAGCGGGUCCAUCUAUCCAACUCGGAGACCAAUUCUCCUUGCACUUUUUGCGAACACAUCUUCUCAGUCUGCCACAACACUAUCUAUCUAUCUAUCUAUCUAUCUACGCAUAUAUAGGAUUUUUCAUUUUGGUCAUUCAUCUAUCUAUCUAUCUAUCUAUCUAUCUAUCUAUCUAUUAUGGGAAGUUUCCAGCAACCACAACACUAUCUAUCUAUCUAUCUAUCUAUCUUGGUCUGUUAAUCUAUCUAUCUAUCUAUCUAUCUAUCUAUCUAUCUAUCUAUCUACGCAUAUAUAGGAUUUUUCAUUUUGGUCAUUCAUCUAUCUAUCUAUCUAUCUAUCUAUCUAUCUAUCUAUCUAUCUAUCUAUCUAUUAUGGUAUGUAUUUUAGAUGUGAUUACUCAACAAUACACCAUCUACAUCUAA